AUGGCGGCCGCCGCCACCUCCUCCUCCCCGUCCCCGGCCACCUUCCGCGCCUCCAAGGUCUACGACGUGGCCGUCGAGACCCCGCUCGAGCGCGCCGCCAAGCUCUCCGACCGCCUCGGGGUCAGCCUCCACAUCAAGCGCGAGGACCUGCAGCCGGUGUUUUCAUUCAAGUUGAGAGGUGCAUAUAAUAUGAUGGCAAAGCUCUCCCGAGAGCAGUUGAACAAUGGUGUUAUCUGCUCCUCUGCUGGAAACCAUGCUCAAGGAGUUGCUCUUUCUGCCCAGAAACUGGGCUGUGAUGCCGUUAUUGUCAUGCCUGUGACAACACCAGAAAUCAAGUGGCGAUCAGUGGAGAGAUUGGGUGCGACAGUAGUUCUGAAGGGAGACUCAUAUGAUGAAGCUCAGUCAUAUGCAAAAUUACGGUGUGAACAGGAAGGCCGCACAUUCAUACCUCCUUUUGACCAUCCCGACAUCAUCGCUGGACAAGGAACUGUUGGCAUGGAAAUUGUUCGUCAACUGCAAGGUCCAUUACAUGCAAUAUUUGUACCUGUGGGAGGUGGUGGAUUAAUUGCUGGCAUUGCUGCCUAUGUGAAACGGGUCCGCCCUGAGGUCAAAAUAAUUGGAGUAGAGCCCUCAGAUGCAAAUGCCAUGGCAUUGUCCUUGUGUCAUGGCCAGAGGGUCGUGUUAGAACAUGUUGGAGGGUUUGCUGAUGGUGUAGCUGUCAAAGUUGUUGGGGAGGAGACAUUUCGCUUGUGUCAAGAACUUGUAGAUGGCAUUGUCCUGGUCAGCAGAGAUGCUAUUUGUGCUUCAAUAAAGGAUAUGUUUGAGGAGAACAGGAAUAUCCUUGAACCUGCUGGGGCCCUUGCCUUGGCAGGGGCUGAAGCUUACUGCAAACACUAUGGUUUGAAAGGGGAAACUGUGGUUGCAAUAAGUAGUGGUGCGAAUAUGAACUUUGAUAGACUUAGAUUAGUAACUGAGCUUGCUGACGUUGGUCGAAAACGAGAGGCGGUAUUAGCUACAUUUUUGCCAGAGGAGCAGGGAAGCUUCAAAAAGUUUGCAGAACUGGUUGGCCGGAUGAAUAUUACUGAAUUCAAAUACAGAUAUGAUUCUAACGGAAAAGAAGCCCUUGUUCUUUACAGUGUUGGCAUCUAUACUGACCAUGAGCUUAAAGCAAUGGUGGAACACAUGGAAUCAUCAGAACUUAAGACUGUGAACCUUACUGACAAUGAUCUCGCAAAAGACCACCUAAGAUACUUUAUUGGAGGCAGGUCAGAAGUAAAAGAUGAACUUGUUUACCGGUUUAUUUUCCCAGAAAGGCCAGGUGCUCUUAUGAAUUUUUUGGAUACAUUGAGCCCCCGAUGGAACAUCAGCCUUUUCCAUUACCGUGCACAGGGCGAAAGCGGAGCAAACGUAUUAGUUGGCAUACAAGUGCCACCGGAGGACGUCGGUGAAUUCAGGAGUCGUGCCGACAAUCUUGGGUAUGAAUACAUGUCUGAGAUGAACAACGAGAUCUAUCAUCUCCUUUUGCGCAGCCCCAAUAAGGUCUGA